CCGGUGAAGUCUCCGAGCCAUGGCGCAUGUGCAGUGAGCGACAGAGCGAACCACUCCCCCGAAAGGAUUGGUCGAGGCGAGAGGAAGAAGACGACCUUGGAGCAACCGGAGAGAGAAGCGGGGGGCGACCGUGAGGAGGGUGGAGAGAGAGGUGGAGGGGAAAAGAAUUGGGGGUGGUGGUUGUUAGGUAGGAGAUCAGAGUCUUGCCCCACGCUGCCACGCAGUAAAGUCCACCGCUCCGGCCUCCGGCGGCUUGGACGGGCUCGGGGUUCGGAUACGCUCUCUCCCACAGUUCGCUCGCUCGUUCGGUGGGUGGCCUUCAAACCUAGCCUCUGUGUGGUUGCUGCGGAGCAGGGAGGGGAAGCGAGAAGGAAGGGGAAUCAUGAGUGGAAUGGGAUACACAGUUGAAGUUACAAACCUGUCAAGCAGGGCAUCUGAAAGUGAUCUUCAUGAGUUCUUUUCAUUCUCUGGAGCUAUUGAGCAUAUAGAUCUUAUCAGAUCAGGAGAAUAUGGUUCCACUGCUUAUGUGACAUUCAAGGAACCAUAUUCCUUGGAAACUGCAGUAUUGCUCAGCGGGGCUACUAUUGUGGAUCAGCCGGUUUGCAUAGCUCGCUGGGGACAGCCUAAUGAACCUUACAAUUUCUGGGACACACCAAAUUGGUAUACAGAGGAGGAAAUUGAAUACAGGAACUAUCAAACAUGCCAGUUCAAUUCCACUCCACAGGAAGCUUUGACAAUCGCUCAGGAUGUUGUGAAGACGAUGCUAGCAAGGGGAUAUGUACUCAGCAAGGAUGCACUGGCCAAGGCUAGAGCCUUUGAUGAGUCCCAUCAGGUAACGGCGACCGCAGCAGCCAAGGCUGCAGAACUGAGCAAGAGAAUUGGCCUAACCGACAGGGUCAGCGCCGGUGUUGGUGCAAUCAGAUCAGUGGAUGAGACAUACCAUGUAUCCGAGACGACCAAGACCGUCGCAACCGCCACAGGGAGAACAGCAGCUAAGGUUGUGAAUGGCAUCGUGACUAGCAGCUACUUCUCUGCAGGAGCUAUGAUGCUGUCUGAUGCUCUCCAUAAGGCAGCACAGGCAGCAGCUGAUUUGGCUGCUCAUGGUAGGCAUAAUUAAGUGAAAAUAAACAUCCGGUACAUAUUGUCUGUAAUUAAGACAUCAGGAUGAACGACACUUUAUAUGAUGCCGUUCGUAGUAUGAUAAUAACGGUGAAACCGGUAACAACUGUACCUAGAAGGACAUGUGUGUGCAGAACACUCCAAAAUAUUUCAAACUGAACAAAGCAAUCGUGCUGUCAUGUUCAACAGUUUCUGCUCAUUUUAUAAUAAUUUUUUUGAAACCUCUCAUUUUAUAUUC